CAACCAUGCAACACCGUGAUAAAGUAUAUAGAUUUGGGCCAACCGGUGGGCACCGAAUAGUCAUCGCCCAAGCUGUCAUGCAUGUCAUGUAUAUAAGGCAGAUCGAUCACGGCUAGACAGGAGGAGACUCCCAACUCACACAACAACGACAGCCACCGCCACCGCCACGCCCAUCUUCCCUUGCCUUUCUCACACCAAACGCAUCCUCUCCAUCCAUCUCCUUCCCUUAUUAAUACAGCAGGCCCAUUUCGAUCACCUCAGCUCCAUCGCCAUUAAUCACCCCCCUGCACGUCAUAAGAAGUGACUAGCAGCAGCAGCAGCAGCAGCAGCCAUGGUCAAGAAGCUCGCCCUCGCCUCCCUCUUCUUCCCCGGCAACGACGCGGCCGCAAGCCUGUCCUGCUCUCCUCGUCCGUCCAUGUCCGCCGCGUCCUCCGGCAGCGCGGCCGCCUCGUGGCAAUGGCCCUCCUGCGCGCAGGCCAGGACCGCGUCCUUCGACGGCCGCAGCAGCGUGGAGGCGGAGGCGUCGUGGUCGGCGGCGUCGGCGCGCCGGGACUGCUGCAGAACGACCCGCGUGAUCACGAACCCGGCCUACUGCGACCGCGACGACACGGCCGACAGCUCAUUCGUCUCCGCCACCGCCUCCUCCUCCACUUCCACCGCGGCGACGGCGCCGGAGCCGGAGCCCUCGGCCGACGAGGCGGUCAUCCGCGGGAUCCGGGCAUCUAGCCGGCUCUUCUUUGAGCCCGAGGCCACGAAAUCCAUCGUGACGACGAGCAAGCCGGCGGCGUUCGGCGGCGCAACGGCGCUGGCCAUCGACUCCGCGGAUCCGUACGGCGACUUCCGGCGGUCCAUGGAGGAGAUGGUGCUGAGCCGCGGUGGCGGCAGGGGCGAGGACGACUGGGGGUGGCUGGAGGAGAUGCUGGGGUGGUACCUCCGCGCCAACGGUAAGAAGACCCACGGCCUCAUCGUCGGCGCCUUCGUGGACCUGCUCGUCGGGCUCUCUGCCGUCAACGACAAGCAGAGCGGCCGGUGCUAGCCGGCGAGCAAGCAUCGUCAUCGACUACCAUACCAUACCAUACCAUGCGAGCGCGCAAUGCCAUGCCAUGCAAUUAGUGACAUAGCGAUUCGCGCGGUCGAGCAGGAUUGAGCGAGAGGUGUAAGCUGUGUUGUGUUUGUUGAGAGCGUGCAUGCACAAUAUAAUUGGUUAAAUUAUAUGUAGAUGUUGACAGUUGAA